CCUCUCUCACUACCCCCUUAAAACUUAAAUCCACACCUUUUCUUCAAUUCAACCAUGAACUCUAAUUUUCAUAAACUCCUACUCAUUCUCCUUGUUUUCUCUACCGCCACCGCAUCUGCAAGAAAAAUUGCUUCAACAAAAGCAGCAGGAGAAGUGGAUCAACAAAUCAAGGGUGAGGAAUCGGAUUCGAAGAUUGCAAGUGAUGAUUCUUUUAAUAAGUUGAUGGGGAUGGAGGACUGUGGAAAUGGAGAGUCAGAGUGUUUGAUGAGAAGGGCUGUUUCGGAGGCCCAUUUGGAUUAUAUCUACACUGAGAAGAAGGGCAACUAGUGCUUUUCAAUUUCAAAAAUGUGUGUAAUUGUGUUAUUGGAAGUGGUGCUACAUAACAAGUACUCCUAGUAUUUAGUUUCAUUUUCUAGUGCCAUGUUAUGGAUGAUAUUCAUAUAUGUAUCAUCAAUUUAUUCAAUCAUAAAUAAAUUUAAUAGUACUGUACUGUGUGUUUA